AUGGCAGCAUUCAUUAGAGUAGCGUCCACUUCUUCUCCCACUCUUCUCGCUUCAACUUCUUCAUCUUUCUCAAUUUUCACCAAAUUGAGAUCUAUACCCCAUCUGGGUUUUUCAUUUUCAGUCAAUACUGCUGCUACUUCUGGAAAUCGGUUGUUGUUUUGUUCCCGAAGAGGGAAACGUAUGGCUCACACAAUUACUAAGGCCACUCUUGGCCUUACUCAUCCUGUUGAAAUCGAAUCCCCCAAGAUAUCUUUUGCUGCAAAAGAUAUCAAUUUGAUGGAAUGGAAAGGAGAUAUUCUUGCAAUUGGUGUCACAGAGAAAGACAUGAUAAAAGAUGAGAACUCAAAAUUUCAAAAUGCUGUCCUGAAGAUGCUAGAUUCUCAAUUGAACGGGUUAUUAUCUGAAGUAUCUACCGAGGAAGAUUUUACUGGGAGGGCUGGACAGUCGACUGUUCUGAGGCUUUCUGGUCUUGGCACCAAACGAGUCAGCUUGGUUGGGCUUGGAAAAGGCCCCACAGGUUCAUCUACUUGUGCUUAUCGCAGUCUUGGUGAGUCUGUUGCCUCAGCCGCAAAGGCUUCUCAGGCUAACAAUGUUGCCGUUGCACUUGCUUCUUCAGAAGGCCUAACCCCUGAAUUGAAGCUGACCACAGCUUCAGCAAUAGCAACAGGUGCAUUGCUGGGGACUUAUGAAGAUAAUAGAUUUAAGUCAGAGUCUAAGAAGCUGGCACUCAAGUCUGUUGACUUUCUUGGUCUUGGAACUGGACCCGAGUUAGAAAAGAAACUCAAGUACACAGAGGAUAUUUGUGCAGGGGUGAUUUUGGGGAAAGAGCUUGUAAAUGCACCUCCCAAUGUGCUUACCCCUGAGGUACUAGCGAACGAGGCUAAAAAGAUUGCUUCAACAUAUAGUGAUGUUUUUACGGCAUCAAUUUUGGAUACAGAGCAAUGCAAGGAACUGAAAAUGGGUUCCUAUCUUGGUGUUGCUGCUGCUUCUGCAAAUCCUCCUAAAUUUAUCCAUUUAUGUUAUAAACCACCAAGCGGAUCCGUAAAAACCAAGCUGGCAUUAGUGGGGAAGGGAUUGACUUUUGACAGUGGUGGUUACAACAUUAAGACUGGACCUGGUUGUCUAAUAGAGCUCAUGAAGUUUGACAUGGGAGGCUCGGCAGCAGUUUUAGGUGCUGCAAAAGCUCUAGGUCAAAUUAAACCAGCAGGAGUCGAGGUCCAUUUUAUUGUGGCAGCUUGUGAGAACAUGAUAAGUGGAACAGGUAUGAGGCCUGGAGACAUAUUAACUGCCUCAAAUGGGAAGACAAUUGAGGUUAACAACACCGAUGCAGAAGGUAGACUUACACUUGCUGAUGCUUUAGUAUAUGCUUGUAACCAAGGCGUAGAUAAGAUAGUUGAUUUGGCAACUUUGACUGGGGCCUGUAUAGUUGCGCUUGGCCCUUCAAUUGCAGGCAUCUUCACACCCAGCGAUGACCUAGCAAAAGAGGUGGUUGCCGCCUCAGAAGUUGCCGGAGAAAAACUUUGGAGGUUGCCAAUGGAGGAGAGCUACUGGGAAUCCAUGAAAUCAGGAGUUGCCGAUAUGGUGAAUACCGGUGGCCGCCAGGGUGGCUCUAUUACUGCAGCCCUUUUCUUGAAGCAGUUUGUUGAUGAAAACGUUCAAUGGUUACAUAUCGACAUGGCUGGUCCUGUCUGGAACGACAAGAAGAAAACUGCAACAGGGUUCGCCAUUCCUACUUUGGUUGAAUGGGUUGUGGCCAACUCCUCUUAAAACUUAGUUAUCUGUCCUUGGGACACACAGUUUACCUCUUCCAUAAUGAUUGUGGGACCGGUACAGUAGGGACGUUGUAGAGGGUGGUGUCAUACCCUUUUUGCAGAAUGAAAAACAGUCUUGAAAUGUUUCAACAAGAUUAAAAUAUGGGGAUUCUUGAAAUGACUUUGUUAUAUCAAGGGGGAAAAUAGAACUUUUGGUCAAGAUUUGCAAUUUUCAGUGUUUUAAACCUC